AUGACUGGCAAAGUCCCUCACGCCGCCUUCGUUGAAGAAUACGACGAAGAUGCCCAUGCGAUCCGCCCCGAAACUCGUCGUGUCGCCAACCUCACUUCAAAGCGCUCCAAGCCUUCCUUGAGAGCCCCCGCGGAGCCCCUGGUCGACAUUGCCAGUGACUCCGGCUAUUCUAGUCGCACCGCCGCCACCGUCAACAGCACCCAAUCUGGGCCGUCGGGCCGGAAGAGCCCUGUCCCUCUUAAAUUAGACACCUCCCUCCGACGAACUGACCUCGAGCGCGUUCGAUCCAAAGGCAAAGACCAACGUCCCAAAGACCGGAUCGCUCGUCCACUGCGUGAGGACAAAAUGCAAGUCGGUGCCUACCCCAGCGUGGGCCAUCCGCCCGUCCACGCCCAGCGCUCCCCGUCUAGGUCUCGACGCCGGGACAGUGCUCAGGUGCAACACUACCCAGGCACUUGCUAUGAGUGCGACAAUGGGCUGUAUCAUGCCUCUACCCCCGUCGAAGGCCGACAGAUGGACUACUCGUCCUACUACCUCUCGCAGCCGCCUCCGGGGUCUGGUCACGACUAUCCCCCUUCCUCCCCUCGGUACGCCCCCAACGCAGUCCAGGACAUCCAUGUGUCUCGCACCGCCCGCCCGCCCGCCCGCAGCACAGGACCGGUCUACCAUCCCACCAACCGACCGGUGAGCUUUCACGGGAUGAUGCCUGGCAUGGGCCAGAUGAUGUACCAGCCAUCCAGCGUGGGUCGCUACGAGCGUGGCCCGCCGCUGUCCUCAUCGGCGUACGCCAACGCGCCACCGUACGCCCCCUCGUCUCACUACCCGCAACAGCCCGUCUAUUACGGCGGCAUGCCCGACUUCAUUCCGCCAUCAGACCAUCGACAGGAGCACCGACAAGAGCAUCGACAGGAGCAUCGACAGGAGCAUCCCCAGGAACGGUCGGUUUCCAGAACGCGAGACCAACCCCGUGGCCGACGCGGGUCCAUGUAUGGCGCGCCCGUGCUCGAUUACGAUUCUUCCUCGCCCGCCUUUGACGAUGAGGAUCCGUUGGAAGCUCCACCACCUCCCCGUGAGCCCCGGCAAAGACUUCCCUCCCAUUCUUCCCACGAACGCGAUGAGGAUUAUUAUCGCGUGCCGCUGCCACCGAUGAAGACGGCGGCCCCGCGUAUCAUCCAAAAACGCCCCGAGGUGCGCAAAGCUGUCACGGCGCCGUCCGUCACCUCAGAGCGCCACUCCACCCGGUCGCUCGACAUGUCUGACAUGCAGGAUGCUUUGCCCGAGUACGGAUACCGGCGUUCCUCGCGAGAAACUGUGGUUCCGGAACGGAGCCGCGGCCUGCGAGAGCGGCGCGCUACCGCGUACCAUGGUUCUGCCCGACCGGCUCGGAUGGCAGUUGAGAACUCCCGUCGCCGUCGGGAGUCGGUCUAUGACUUUGCAGGUGAGGAUGACGAUGAUAGCGAGGAUGACGAGAUGGAUGAGAAGCAGCGAGAAGCGGAGGAGUAUCAAGCCCGAUCGGCGAAGCCGGUCGCUCCGGCACCACCCAUGCCGUUGACCGCCGACGCCCUCUACAAGGCCAAGACUUCGCAGCGCGCCGAGAGCGACAGUGGGAGCCAGAAGAGCCGCUCGAACAGCAGCCGCGGCAGCGACACUCGAACCCAGAAUGGCAGCAAUGCCGGAUCCAAGCCGGAGGAAGACAACAACAUUGUCAUGACGCUGAACGGCGUCACCAUGAGUUUCCCUCAGAACUCUGUGGGCGGCAAGAGGAUCAGUGUGCGGACGGGCGACACCGGUGCUGUCGAGCUGAAUAUUGAAGGCAAGCAACGACCAAAGAAGUACCUGACCAACGGAUCCGACUACAGUGGCAGCGUUGCUGCCAGCAGCCGAAGAGAUGCGCGGAGCGACCGAGACCGAAAGUCCGACCGCGUCAGUCGGCGCUCCAGCCGGUCGACCUACGGCGGC